AUGGGGGCUGCAGCUCAGAGUCCCACCCUCCUGCUGCUCUCAGUACUGCUGGCUCUGGCAAAGACCAAGACCCAUAGUGGCUCACACUCGCUGAAGUAUUUAAUAACCACGACCGGGUCUCGAAAGGAUCUCCGAGAUCGCCAAGUCUUCGCCCUUGGCUAUGUAGACGACAUGCAAAUCCUGCGCUUCAAAAAUGAUGGGGCUACUAAGAUGGAGCCGCGCGCGCCAUGGACGAAGCAGAUGGGGCGUAAUUAUUGGGAGAUGGUGAGAAAAGGUAUGGAGGAUUAUGCACACACGGCCCGAGAAAACCUGAGAUUUGCAAUCCGGAUCUAUAACCAGAGCGAUGAUGGCUCUCAUACCUUCCAGUGUUUCCUUGGCUGCGACGUGGGUCCAGACCAACUCUUCCUGCGUGGGCACUAUAGACAUGCCUUUGAUGGCCGUGAUUAUAUCAGCCUGAACGAAGAUCUGAGUUCUUGGACUGUGGCUGACAAGACAGCUCAGAUCACCCAGCAACAGUGGGAGACAAAACACCUUGCAGAGAAUUGGAAGAUCUUCUUGGAGGGCCGGUGUGUUGCAUCCCUACUCAGGCACCUGGAGUUUGGGAAGGAAACUCUGCAGCGCUCAGACCCUCCAAAGGCACAUGUAACCCAUCACCCCAGACCUGAAGGUGGUGUCACUUUAAGGUGCUGGGCUCUCGGGUUCUACCCAGCUGAGAUAACCCUGACCUGGGAGAGGGAUGGGGAAGACCAGACCCAGGACAUGGAGCUGGUGAACACCAGGCCUGGAGGCGAUGGAACCUUCCAGAAGUGGGCAGCUGUGGUAGUACCUUCUGGAGAGGAGCAGAGAUACACAUGUACUGUGCAACAUGAAGGGCUGCCUGAGCCCCUCAUCCUGAGAUGGGAGCCACCUCCUUGGCCCACAAUUGGAAUGACUGUUGGUGUGGUUCUCCUUGGAGUUGUGGUCACUGGAGCUGUGGCUGCCAUUGUGAUGAUGAGGAAGAAAAGUUCAGCAUCUCACACUGUGUCCCAGGCUGGCUUGGGAAUCACUAUGUAGCUGUGAUGGUUAAACUUCAUUGUCAACUUGAGUGGAUUUAGAAUCUCCUAGGAGAUUCAGUUCUGGUCGCAUCUGUAAGAGUGUUUUCAGAGAUUAAUUAAAGAUGGAAGACCCACCCUGGGGCUCAA